AUGGAACAGCCCAAACUCCUCCUCCACACCUACUUUCGCUCCUCCUGCUCCGCACGGGUACGUACCGCAGCACACUACAAAGGAAUCCCACUGGAAUACAGUUACAUCCACCUGCUCUCGAGCCAACAAUUGUCUGAAGAAUACAAGCUCCGCAACCCCUCAGCCAGCGUCCCCACGCUCUCCUUCACCACCUCCUCAGGUCAGUCAGUAACCAUCCGCCAAUCCAUCCCCAUCCUCGAGUUUUUCGAAGAAUAUUUCCCGAAUACACCCCAAUUACUGCCUCCUCCCUCGCAACCUACCGAGAGAGUAAAAGUUAGAGAGCUGGUAAACAUCAUAGCAAGCGAUCUACAGCCUGUGACGAAUUUAAGGAUGUUGAGAGGUGUGAAGAAAUUGAGUGGAGGCAGAGAGGAGGCGCCGGGCGAGUGGGCGAAAGAGUGGAUGAUUCGGGGACUGGAAGCUUAUGAUAAGGUUGCGGAAGUAUAUGCGGGGAAAUAUAGUGUAGGGGAUGAGGUGAGUAUGGCGGAUGUUGUGUUGGCACCUGCGGUGGAGGGGGCGCUGAGGUAUGGUGUUGAUUUGGAAGGGAUGAAGACUGUGAAAAGGGUUUAUGAGAAUGUGAGGGGGUUGGAGGCGUUUAGGAAGGGGGAUUGGCGACAUCAGGGGGAUACGCCGGCGGAGUUUAGGGUCCAGGAUGAACAAGAAUGUUCUACUGGGAGGUUGUGA